CUACUUUUGAAUCGUUCAAAAAAAAAGUAACUUCGUUCUUGAGGUCGACUGAUUUACGAAUUCAAUUUUCACAAAUUCUAGAACUAUUUUUGAUUAUAAAAUGAAUGAAGAGUUAUUCCUUCGAUUUUGGAUAUGUAUUAAUUUGUCCACUGUUGAAAUAUGGUUUUGAUUUAGUAAAUCUUCAUGGUUUGAAUUUUACUAUAUUAAUCAUUAGCCAACAGUAAUUGCAAAAAGUAAUUGAAUUCAAUACAGUUAAGGUUGACCGGAAAGUAAUGUCGUUUUUGCGCAUGUUGACAUUCGAUAAUCGUUGGCCAGUUUAUUGUGUAUCUCGAACACGUGCACAGGUUAUUUUUAUAUUAGUGUGACUUGUUUACUUCUAAAUUAUUUAAAAUUAAAUAGUUUUCUUUGCAAAUUGGAGUGAAAUGGCAUACGAAAUACAGGAAGUACACAUUCGUCAUUGUAUGCUUUUUGAAUUUCGCAAGGGUAAUAACGCUACAGUUGCGACUAAGAACAUUAGUGAUGUUUACCCAGGUUUAUUAGAUGUUCGCAAAUGCCAAAGAUGAUUUUCCAAGUUUAGAUCUGGGAAUUUUGAUCUUUCUGACGCCCAUCGACCAGGAAGACCAAUGUCAUUAGACAACGACGUUCUAAGGGCAGAAGUUGAAGCAAAUCCAUGCCAAACCAUCAAAGAAUUGUCGAACACCCUUAACCAACCUUGGUCGACCAUCCAAGAACAUUUACACCAGAAAGGAAAAAUCAGCAGAGCAGGUGUUUGGGUCCCCCAUAACUUGUCAGUGCAAAACAAAGCCAACAGAUCAACCACGUGCAAUGCAUUGAUUCAACGGCACCAUGCAGAACCGUUUCUUGAUCGUUUGGUCACUGGAGAUGAAAAAUGGGUCCUAUACGAUAAUCCAAAACGCAAAAGGCAGUGGCUCUCCCCAAAUGAACCAGCACGCAGUACUGCAAAGCCGGGAUUACACCCCAAGAAGGCGCUCCUGUGUGUUUGGUGGAGCAUCCGCGGAAUCGUCCACUUCGAAGUGCUUAUUCCUGGACAAACUGUUAAUGCGGACCUUUAUUGUCAACAAUUGGAUCGAGUGAACCAAGCUCUAGUUGAGAAUUACCCGGCUAUCGUCAACAGAAAAGGUGUCAUUCUUCAACAUGACAAUGCAAGGCCGCACUGUGCACGACGGACGCUAGAAAAAAUUAAUGAAUUGGGAUGGGAGGUGCUGCCCCACCCUCCAUAUUCACUUGAUAUCGCCCCUUCAGAUUUUCAUUUGUUCCGAUCCUUACAGCACUUUCUAAGUGACAAAAAAUUUCAAACUUUGUACUGCUUAAAAAAUGGCAUCUCCAGAUAUUUUAAUGACAAACCAAUACAUUUUUUUCGAUCUGGUAUAGAAAGUUUGCCCGCUCGAUGGCAAAAGGUUGUGGAAAAUGAGGGUGAUUAUAUCAUUGAUUAAAAAUAAAUAUUAUAAAAAAAUUAUUUGUUUUAAUUUGACGUAAAAAUACGACAUUACUUUCCGGUCAACCUAAUAUAUCUACAUAAUAUUUAUUGGAA